AUGAAUGGAGACGCAAGCCUCGUCGGCUGUCUCGUCGACAGGCUCGCCACUAGACUUCCCCAUCGAGCUGGCACCAGCGGCCAGAGUUUGCAGCAAGAUGAUGUUCUCCAGGUCACUAGAGCUACUCUGGUUGAGCUUGGGAAUACUUCGAUUACGACAGUCAUUGCGUCGCUUCUAGUUCUACUUGAGGAUCUUGCGCGCCCCUACUCGACCGUCUCCGACCAUCCUAGCCACAUCCUGGCCUCCGAGCUCUACGUUGUCGCCGUUAUCGCCGACUGCUGUUCUUCGCAUUGGGCGUCCCUUUCGCAAGACGCAGAUAUAAGACCGAGUCCUUCACCCCCUCCACUGGAUGAGGUUCUUGUGAGCCGCCUCUUCGACGCGUUCAAGCAUCUCCUUGAACCGAUCCCCGAAAACUGUAUUCUUCCCGCCCAGACCCUUCUUGAUCAGGUAUCGACGCGCAAUGUCUCUGUCACCCGACCCGAGAGUUCGUCUGUGUCCUCAGACGCAGAUAGUUCUCCCCCGAGCGAUGAGAAGUUUGCAGAGACAUUGGUGGAAAUGGAUACUCACAUCAAGACAGUAACUGAAUAUGUCACAACAUCCAGCUGGAUUGCUGCUUUUGACUAUCUUAGAAAUGUCAUAUACUCCAUACGAACUAGUAUUGUCACUCAGCCUGGCGUAUCUGCUCCAGGAUCAUUCCAGGACGCUGAGAGAGCAGCUCUCGUGGUUUUACGCUUACUCUCUUUCUUCUGGGUUGACGGCCCAAAGCUUGGUCAGAUUAUACAAGAGAUCUGUUCAAGCUUCCUUCACUUCCGAAAGCCGUAUCAGAACACUAUUGCUGUAGUCUCUCCAUUAUUGAUCAUGAGGUGGCUGGACAGGUUUCCCCGGGAGUUCGUGCAACUUCACCAACUUCAUAAGCGACUCGACGGAGGGGCCGAUACAUUGUUCGACAUGGCGCAAGCUGCAACUGACAACGGGCGCCGAAGAGGCCUCUUCUAUCCCCUCCAAACGACGUUGCUGUUCCUCCUACCGGAUGUCUUCGAAGUGGCAAGUAACAUGCGUGAAGCAAAGAGCAGCAGUAUGGUGAAGAAAGUUUCUUUCCUGGAUGGAUUAAGAAAAGCCUCGCGAAAUCGCAAUGAGCAAGCAGCUUAUUGUCUUGUCUCUUUGCUACGUGCUGCCAGACAUUUUGAUGUCGAAAGUGACUCAGCACUGGUCAGUUACGCGCUGGAUGUGCAAGACGAAGUCCGUGAUGCUCUUUUCCGCCGUGUGACCUCUCCAGAAUAUGGAGUGUUCGAUCAAGACAUGAUGACUGCAGCCUUUGUGAGCUUAACCCAUCUCAAUCUAGACACAAGCGUUAGCGGCUUUGUCGAGAGCUGUAUUGCGUCGAAUGCGCCGACCUGUUUCAAACUGGCCGCUGUUCAGGGAUGUUCAUACUUUGCCCAACAACCUUAUGCCCUGAGAUAUCACGAACUUUUCGAUGCAGCAAUACCUUUCAUGCGAACUCAACUAGAGACCGAGAACGCCAAGACUAGUACGAUAAGCCGGCAGGGAAGCGAAAGAACAGAACUCGUUUGCAGCAUUCUUCAGUUCUUGGAUGCGUCUCCGGCACGUCUGCUGGAUGACCUAUCUGCAGAUAACUCAAACAGCAGCUUCUUUAAAUCUUUCCUGCUUUGCGUUCUGUCCGAGAACGCACACAUACGUAAACUGGCUACUGGUGUCGCAAGCCGCCUCUUUCAAGGACAUCUCGAAGCAUAUCGUCAAUUUGAUACUGGACAUCGUUUCGGCACAAAGGAGCUACGAGACGAUAUCUGGAAUAGAAGCUCAAAGGUUCUCCUCGCAUUAUGCGAACAUGUUACCUCUAGAAAAGACGAUCAGAGUCUACGUGAUCUCCAGGAUUAUUUAGAAGCACGCUUGCUUAUUCUCAAGAACAUUCCGGAACUGGCCAAGGUUCCAGAAGACGCAGGGGAUGUUAUCAAUGCCUCCUCAAAGCUCGAGACGACACUUCUGAUCUCUCUCUGUUCUGCCAGCAUCACCACCUGUCAGCUGGUGACCUCAUGUACAGGGUUGUUCCUUCAAGAGUGUUCGAUCGUCGACAAACAUGUAGACUCGGCGAAAACGUCGGCUUCUAUUCUGAGGAAUGCUGAAGUUUAUCGUGAGAUAUCAUCACCUGCGUUUCGAUUUACUGGGCUGGUUGCUUUCCAGAAACGCGUCAGGGGUCUUCUGCGCCGUAUGCAGUUCCCAACAAGUGGCAUUUUGAAUGCCUGGGAAACAGCGUUUGACCGCUGGCUCCAUCUCGCAAAAGACGUUUCUACAUCUACUGUUGAGAUCGUGGACAGUAGAGCGCUAGCUGAAUGGCGGAACUAUUCCGGAUUCUUGGCAUCCUUGGGUGGUAUCUGUACUGCCGAUCAAUCUAUCAUCCUAGAGGAACCAGCUCUUGGGGGCCUACGAUGGAUCGAUCGCGUUUCUUCUGAACAGUCUGAAGAGCCACUGUUGACGAGGUAUCUGAGGCUCAGUAUUCAACUCUUAGCUUGUGCUAAUGUGCGAGUACGUGAAGCAAUGCGAGAUGUGCUAGCAAGUGAGGUCUCACCAGCCCUUUACUACCCUUUAUUUCGAGCCUUAGAGUCGGAACUGGAAGUAUUGUUUACCGGUGCUCUAGCUCCCGUGGAGAAGGACCAGGACAGCGAGGUGGUGUUUGCUGAGCAAGCAGCAUCGCUACUCCGUGCCUUGGUGGAAAGACUUGAAAGCCCCUCUGAUCUGGGAGCUGCUUCUUCGGUCCACCUGGGGUCACUGACGCUGAAUUUCGCAAAGUUCCUGGAUGGCGUCAACGACACACCUAACACCUUGAGGGUCAAAAUCCGUGUUUGCCAUCUGUGUGAAGUCGUGACCAAGCGAAAGGAGCAUCUGAACUUGCGAGACGAUGUUCGCAUACGAAACCAGCUACUUGAAUACAUUUUUGGAUGGAUCGCUCGCCCUCGUUCGCCCCAGCAUGGGCCUGGCUCUAGGCAAGAUGAUACGGCUCGUGUCCAGAAAGAUUUGGACAAGGCUUGUUUGAAAUCAUUAGCCGACUUGACGUUUCGCUUACCAUUACAACCUUCAGAUAGCCACACGGAUGCUGGCAUGAGCGAGAUGAAGUCCCAGAUGUUUCACACCUAUUUCAAUCGCUUUCUGUCCCUGCUUAACCACGAGCCGUCGGAGCUGACUAGAUCCGAGACCACGUUGAGCGUUACGCUCCGUGAAGAGUCUGCAUCGAACUCGGAUCUGGCAAUCACUAUUUUAUCCAAUCUACUCAGCGCCAACAUUGAUGUUGGUCUCAAGCAUUCACUCAAUAUCGGGUAUCAUGAUAACGUUGAGAUUCGCACCGCAUUUGUCAAAGUUCUUUACAACAUUCUCAUCCAAGGCACUGAGUUUAGUAACCUAACUGACUCUGCUGUGAGUGAGAAAUACGAAGAACUGCUGGAGUUAUUGACCAGUGAUCUUUCGCUUGCCAUUUCCAUGGCAGUCGCCUGCCCGAGUACAGAGGUUGAUGAGCUCACCAUAUGUCUGCUGACUGUUUUCGAACAAAGGGGACUGACUUUCGAAUUGCUGGAGGCUCUCAUCAAACAGGAGAUCCAAGACACCGAGAACGAGGCUGAAAUCCUGCGUCGUGGCUGUGUAGCGACAAAGAUGCUGUCCGUCUAUGCCAAGUGGAAGGGUGCUACAUACAUUCGAAAUACACUUCAAAAGGUUUUGGAGCGGCUUAUGUUGACUUCAAAAGAUCUCGAUUUGGAAUUAGAUCCUGCAAGAGUCGGCACGACAGAAGAGCUGCAGAAGAAUGCCUUACAGCUUCGCAUAGUCGCUAAAGUUUUCAUCGAUGAUAUUUGCGCCUCUUCUUCCAACAUUCCUCCAGCCUUUCGCAAAAUCUGCCAUAUCAUAUCGAACGCAGUAAUGCCAAGAUUCCCUGAUGCAAAGUAUACAGCGGUAGGAGCGUUCAUCUUUCUCCGCUUCUUCUGCCCGGCUAUCGUUGCUCCUGAGGUCGAGGGACUCGUAUCAACGGCACCGUCCAAAGAGAUGCGACGCGGCUUGCUUCUUAUUGCAAAGGUUAUUCAAAACCUAGCGAACAAUGUGCUGUUCGGAGCUAAAGAACCUUACAUGUUCCCACUCAACGACUUUCUAACACAGAAUAUAUAUCAUGUUACCACAUUCCUUCGGGAGAUUUCUGUCCCGCCUCACGGGUUGGAGGCCCACGGUUCUGUUGAAUCUUUUGACUUCGGGUCGUGUGUCGCGCUUCAUCGCUUUCUCUACGACCAUUGGGAUCAUGUACGGCAGACGCUCAUAUCACGCGAAAGAAAGGACUAUGGCAAAGCAUCGGGUGAUGUUGUGCGAGGGCGAUCACCAGUUCUAGAACCAUUGAGAAACCUCAUAGCAAAUCUUGGUCCGCCACCGCUUGCUGUUUCUUGGAAUAGACCCCAGGUCUCUUCCAACAGCCCGCCACUGUAUUCUCGAUUCCAGAACUUCAUGCUCCGAAACGCUUUUCGAAGCACAGAAUCCUUCUUGACAGCACGAGCUGUCUAUGAUGGAGGCGAGAGCAAGGAUGGUCUGUCCAUUAUUUGUGUUAUACUUCGUCAUAUUGAGACAGAAAGCAUCGAUUACGACACCCUGCUAUACUGUUACCUCAAGAUCGCUAGCCGGCUAUGGCAUCGUCCAUUCGGGAUUUUAAUUGAUGCGACCUGCUACAAUGGGCGUAAUGAGCCUCAGGAUGAUCUGUUCAAGAAACUGGAGCUACUCACCCCAUCAGAAUUGUCACAGAAUCUUGCCCGCAUCUAUGUCUACAACAUGAACAGUGCAUUCAAGCGUUGCUUCCGGCGUCUGCUGAGGGUAUGCACCAAGAACGAGAAUGGUGUAUUCAACCCCAAGAACGUCGAGUAUCACUUGAUAGGGAGCCUACAGGAUUUGCAGGCACAUUUUCAUUUGAGCCAGCUACAUUUACCAAAAGAGACAAUCAGUGUAGUGACUGACACUCGCUAUGUCUUCCAGCCCAUUACGCGGCUAUCUAAAUCAAAGGGCAAGAUCGAAGUCAUCAUCAAAGUUGGCAGUCAGUUUGUCCAGGUCACGACCACCAAAAAGCAGGAGAUCUUUGCAGGGUUUCGUCUCGGCACUACCGUCAACGACAUCUUCCGUUUGGGUGAAGUUGAUGAAGCUCCAACGUCCAUUCAAACCGAGGACGACUCAGCUUUUGGCCUGAGAGCAGACAAUGGAAAAAUUGUCAUGUAUUUCACGAGUCCCAAGAAGACCGACGUCCUUCAGACGAUUAGGGGCGCAAAGGCCAAGCAUGGUAAAGAUGGCAGAGCUCACAAAGCUGUUGAGCGGCUAAUUCGACCGCAAGACGUUCCGGAUGUUUCUGUCCCUCUCGAUCCGACUCGCUUCGUCGUGGACAUCAGCAAUGAGUUGGCAAUGAGUGAGCCCCAGCUGACAUCGGACUUUUUGACCGAGUUUUUUGUUGGGUGGGAGAGUUUCCCAGAUGAACAGAAGCCCCUCAGCCUAGCCUAUAUGGCCCCUUGGCUUCCCGGCCUGCGAACAAACAUUUUAACAAACGACUUGGACGGUGAAAAGGGAAGAGAAAGGGUUGCAAUCCUGUUCCGAAAGCUCAUCGAUGUGACCGUUCAGGACCAUGGCCUCGCAUUUGCCUUGGAGCAGUCGGUGUGGCCGAAGAUAGUUCAAGACGAGAUUCUCCUUGAGGUCUUUAUGGACGAACUUCUCAAAUCAGCCAUGACUUACAGUGCGCAUGAGGAGUUGGAGGUGAUUUCAUCAAUCGUGGUAGGAAUCGGAACGGUAACCCUGCGAGGAAGGAUACUGUCCAGGCUUCGUAAAGCCCUGAACAGGUCAUCGCUACGGCCUACCAAAUACCUCCCAGAUAACGCCGUCUGGGCUGAGAUAUGCAUCUUGCUUCGAUUCUGCCUUGCCUUGUCAUUCGAUAAUGGCGUCCAAUCUCAACUCUUCCUACCCGAAAUAUUUCACAUUGUAACAAUGCUCGCCAAUACGGGGACCCAAGAAGUUCGUCUGCUCGUCUAUCGUUUGUUGGUCAACUCGGUCCAUGCCGUGUGCACAUCAUUCAAUCUUGAUGAUGUUCGUUCCAGCAAACUCCGUGCGAGCUUAGAUUUCCUUUGCGAUCCUCGCAGCGACAUUUUCACAACGCCCCCUACCUUUCCACGGGACGGCGCGUCAGUCUCAACCUCUCAGGAUGCUGGCCCUGCACUGACAGCUACCGAAAAUCUUGCAUCUGCCCUCUUCGAGAUCUGCUCUGUCGCCGCACCAACGAUUGACCUGGCCAAUACAUGGCGAUCAAGGUGGAUGAGCCUUGUGGCUAGCACAGCCUUUCAGAACAACCCUGCUAUUCAGCCACGCGCCUUUGCGGUCAUGGGUUGCCUGGCGCGGGAAGAGGUUGAUGAUGACUUGCUUUACCAAGUGUUGGUGGCUUUGCGCAACAGUGUCAACCGGUUCGGGGAAGAUCAUAAUAGCGAAAUGCUUGUAUCCAUUGUGACUUCGCUGUCAAAAAUGAUGGCCAAACUUCCUUCAGCAUCUAGAUACGGUCUGCAGUUAUUCUGGUUGGCCAUGUCUCUGGUACGCUUGGUCCCUGCAAAUCUUUUCAACUGCACUGCGCAGUUUCUCGAGGCAGUCCUGGCAAACAUUAGCACUGGAGAAGAGUUUCAAGGCGACAACAUGGCACCACUUCUUCUUCAAGGCAGAGCUCCCUUGGACGAGGCCGCCUUGCCUUUGGAAGAGGAAUACGGCAUCCAUUUCGAACAAGAUACUUUCCACCUAGCUGUAUGCGCAUGCCUCGCCCGUGGGCUGACAGACACCAUGACAAGACAGACUACUAUGAGGGUGUUAUCAUCGUUUUUGAAAAUGACCUCCAAAGUGGAUGGAAAGGGGAGGCCUCAGAUCGCGCAAACCUCACCGUACUUAUCUUUGCUAGUAGCGCGUGCUGUCGGGAACCAUGAGAUGAAGGAUAGCCUGUGGUCCGCUGGCAUAGAUGCAGACGAUAUCGGGUUACUCAACGGGAUACGCAAGGCACCUGAGCUGGAUGCAAUGUCUGACGAUGCGCUACUGCUGAUCACAGCCAUCGAGCUUGUUGAUUUUCAGUACGUUGAGGACAUUGUACAGGCGCGGAGCCUGGAUUGGUUGAACAUACUUGCGCAAGAGCGCCCGUCUGUAGUUGAGCACUUUUAA